UUCAGAAGAGAAGACAAGAGAAGACAAGAGAAAGCAAUAGGAAGAAAUGGGAGGUGGGUCAAUGAAAUCGAACCCAACCAGGUCGAGGAAGAGGGUGGAGGCCACGGCGGAGGACGACUCCUCUAGACCUUCUCUUGUUCGCGGCAAGGACGGCAGUGCCUUUGCCCGCUGCGAGGGGUGCAAAAAGGAUGUCCCCGUGGCAACCAUAAGCUUUCACAGUUGUAGCCUUGACGCCAAAAUCAGGAACAAUCUGGAGGCUCAAGUCGUCGAAAAGCCCAGCCAAGUGACUAAGAAGCCUCCCACUGCCGGGAAGAAGAAAUCGACUACGUCGGAACCAAAUGCAAAGAGAGUCAAGACUGACAAGGUUAAGAAGAGCAAGGAUCCAAAUGCACCCAAGCGCCCUCUCACUGCCUUCUUCCUAUUCAUGGCUGAUUUUAGGAAAUCUUACAAGGAAGCUAAUCCUGAUUCUAAGGAUGUUAAGAAGGUUGCAAAAGAGGGUGGUGAAAAGUGGAAACUUUUGACUGAUGAGGAGAAGAAACCUUACAUUGACAAAGCUGAUGAGCUGAAAGCUGAGUUCAAAAAGACCUUGGAGACUGAAGCUGAUGAUGCUGAAGAUGUUGAUGGUGAAGCUGAAGAUGCUUCAGAAAAGGAAGUGCCAGAGAAGGAAGUGGAAGAAGUAUCAGAUGGGGAGUAGUAUGUUUGGUUUUCCUACGUUUAAUAUGUUCUCCAUUUAGUGGACGAGUAGAAUUGCAUGUUUGGAUGCUUGUAAAUUCUUAGGCUGGUCGUGAUCAUGUAGUCUGAAUAGUUUUAAGGGCUUUUCCUAAGUCUAAUAUGCAAUCAUUUGAUUCCUGAAUAUCACUUUGCUUUGAUUCUCGGCUGCUAAUUUACUAGUUGGCAUUUCUCUGAUAUCUUUUUGUUUGUCCUGUGCUUUCAUAGAAAAUGGUUUGGGAGCAUAACCCCAAUUGACAUAUGGGGUUGUAAUCAUUAUGAAAAAUGUCUGUUGCAUUUCAUGUUUAUAUUAUGAUGAAUUCAUGAAUCUGAGUUUAUAUAAGGUCAUGGUCUCCCUGCUGGCCCUUU